UAAUUGUAACAAACGAAAUACUGAAUUCAUAUUUGUGAAAAAAACUUAAAUAAUAAAUAUUUUAUCUUAUAUAAUAAUGAAAUACUAAAAUAAUUAUUAUUGUUAUUAAUUACAAUAGCUUUAACGCUAUUGUAAGGUAAUGUUUUAUAUUAUAAAUAAUACGAUUUCUAUUUAAAAAAUAAUAUAAAUGAGGAUCAUUACUGUCACAUAGAUAAUUUCAGUAUGUUUACGUUGUCUGUUCUCUCUUAUAACGCUUGCAAUGAAGAUCAGAAAAAUAUUUAUUAUAGACUAAAUGUUCCACGUAUCGAAUUGAAAUCGUGCUGUAAAGCGGUAUUAGCAAACAUUAAGGAUCCUUCUAGAUGGAACAUCUCAAUGGUUUAUGAAAAUGCUACUAUUAAGGCUGCAGAAAACGGUCAUUUGACCUGUUUAAAGUAUGCCUAUGAAAAUAAUUGCCGAUGGGACACAUUUACAGCUACGAGCGCUACACACAAUUUAGAGUGUCUGAAAUAUGUAAUUGACAAUGGGUGUCCGACCGAUACUUCAGUAUGUAGCAAGGCGGCUGAAAUCGGUAAUUUAGAAAGUUUACGGUUUGCCCAUGAAAACGGAUGUGCAUGGAACGCCGACACCACCUGGUAUGCUGGCAUCAAUGGACAUCUGGAUUGUUUGAAAUAUGCCUGUGAAAACGGUUGUGUGUGGGAUAAAGAUGUCACCAGGGUGGCUGCAGAAAAUGGAUAUUUACACAUUCUAAAAUAUGCUCAUGAAAACGGCGGUCCAUGGGACGAUCAAGUAAUUGAAGGAGCUGUAGUCGGCGGUCACUUAAACUGUUUAGUGUACGCUCGUGAAAAUGGAUGCCCUUGGAAUUCCAUUGUAACGCCAUUAGCUGCUGAAUUUGGAAAUUUAGAAUGUUUAAAAUACGCUGCUGAAAACGGAUGCCCAAUGAGCCACUCUACUGCUUCGGAAGCUGCAGAAAAUGGACGUCUUAACUGUUUGAUGUAUGCUCAUGAAAAUGGUUGCCCUUGGGAUGAAUCCACAACUUGUAUGGCCGCUGCAAAUGGGCAUUUAAAAUGUCUAAUGUAUGCUCAUCAAAAUGGAUGUCCGUGGAAUGAAUAUUUGAUCAAAAAUGCACUUCGAAAUGAAUAUUUUGACUGUGUAAGAUAUGCUUAUGAAAAUGGUUGUCCAAACAAACUUAACAAAGAAACUAUAGACUUUAUAAAUAGUCAGCUAUAGUUUUUGAAAAGCCGCAAUAUCAAAAACCAAAUUGCGAGUAGUAGCUCUCAAAUAGUCAAAUCACAAUCGAUAUUUUGUUUUAGUUAAAUUAUAUACUUUUUAUAAUUAUCAUGUUUCUCAGAAUAAAUUAAGAUAAAA